AUGAGUCAAGGCUUUCGCAAGAUAUCCAGGACUACCCCCGGGAGAACUGCAAGCCGACCAAAACAGCAGUCCACCCGAGCGCCUCAGCAAGACAACGAUCGGGACAUACGAGAGCUCUACGAAGCAGUCUUAGCUCGUAUGGACUAUACCGCGCAAGUCUCUCUUGUAGAGAAGCUUAAGAGAACUCCUCCGACGUACAUGGAUCUCGACUUCAAUAUGUUCUGGCUCAAUCUGCGCCAGAAGGACCCCAAGUGCGCUGGGUAUAUCCUGGAGGUCGCUAUGCGUGCUAGAGACAACAUCGAGAAAGGCUACUAA